CGGCGCAGGAGCCGGAGGAGGAGAAAGGGAAACUUGACAGAGGAUCAUGCUGUCCCUGAAAAAUACAACAUCACGGAGGAAGUAGAGUGAUAUUAACAGUACUUAAUAAUAAUGUGCCUCAUGAAAUAAAGAUCCGCAAGGAAUUUAAAUAAAAAUUUCCUGCAUCUCAUGCCAAGAGGGAAACACCAGAAUCAAGUGUUCCGCGUGACUGAAGACACCCCCUCAUCCAAGAAUGCAAAGCACAUCCAAUAAAAUAGCUGGAUUAUAACCAUUCUUUUUUUUCUUUCGGGGCCGCGGGGCGGGAGCGGGGGCGAGAGGUGCCGUUGGUACCCGACUGCUCUUCCUCGGGGCAGGAUGGCGCACGCUGGGAGAACAGGAUACGAUAACCGGGAGAUAGUGAUGAAGUACAUCCACUAUAAGCUGUCGCAGAGGGGCUACGAGUGGGAUGCCGGAGAUGGGGGCGCCGCGUCCCCGGGGGCCGCCCCCGCAGCGGGCCUCUUCUCCUCCCAAACCCGGCGCUCGCCCACGCUCGCCAGGACUUCGCCGCCGCCGCCCCCGGCCGCCCCCGCCGCCGCCGCCGCCGCCGAGGGGCCCUUGCUCAGCCCGGUGCCACCUGUGGUCCACCUGACCCUGCGCCAGGCCGGCGAUGACUUCUCCCGUCGCUACCGCCGCGACUUCGCCGAGAUGUCCAGCCAGCUGCACCUGACGCCCUUCACCGCGCGGGGACGCUUUGCCACGGUGGUGGAGGAGCUCUUCAGGGAUGGGGUGAACUGGGGGAGGAUUGUGGCCUUCUUUGAGUUCGGUGGGGUCAUGUGUGUGGAGAGCGUCAACCGGGAGAUGUCGCCCCUGGUGGACAACAUCGCCCUGUGGAUGACCGAGUACCUGAAUCGGCACCUGCACACCUGGAUCCAGGAUAACGGAGGCUGGGUCGAUGGUAUGGAGCUAUGAACUAUGGUAGUGGAGUCCACUGGAUACAUUCACCAAAAAAUGGGACAGAUCUGGUUCCCGUGUUUAUGGGAGAAGGGGAGAGCAGUGGAUUUAGAUGGACUGGAUGUCCUGGUGGCCUGCUUCCCCGUGCUCCCAUAGGGGCACCAGAUCUGGCCCAAGCACAGAAGACUUGCCAGGCUGUGCCAAUGCCAGCCUCCAGAGACCUUGCCUGGACAGACGUGACUAUCUGCCUUGGGGAGGGCACAUGUGAUGGCUGGUGUUGGGCCUGACAAUGAGUGGAAGACAGCAUCACUGAGUGAACUAGCCAUGGGCUGAAAACAAAGUGAAGGAGGAUGAGGCCCUCCCUGGUGGCGCAACAGGUUAG